UGUGUUGUGUUGGCUCUCUGUUUACAUAUCGAACUUGAAACACCCGCAGUCGCGGCGCUGUCGACGUCGCUGUCAACUGAGCAUUUCAUUGAGCACGCGACUUUCGCUACUGCUCGCUUUGCAGUGUGAGCGAGAAAGAGAAUGGUAGAGCCAGAGACGCCGGCGUACACGGUUAAGCGGGCUGAGUUUAAAGAGCGGCCAAAGCUUUGGUCAGUCGCAAUUGACGCGUGCUAAGAAGCGGUUUAAUGGAGCUGUGUCAAUUAUUGAACUAAUGUUUUUGGCGCAAUAAAAUAAAAACAAACAAAAGUAAAAGCAAGUGUUUUAAGUGCGUGCAGUGCUCAUAAAUUAAAUCAAUUGUUUGCACGCUUGCCCAUUAGCGCCUCAUUAUAUUUUGCUUACAAAAGAUAAAAUUAUGGAAAGUGCUUGAACAAAGGCAUUGUGUUCAUAAAUACAAAGGUGACUGAGUAAAAGCAGAACAAAAUAUAGGGCGUAUAUACAAUGCAAAUGAGGCAAUCAUUUGCAAUGCAGCUCCAGCUUCAGCUCCAUCUCUGCCUUCUGCUCAUCGGGUAUGCCAUUGCGCAGCCCCACAUCAUUUUCAUAUUGGCCGAUGAUCUGGGCUUCAACGAUGUGGGCUUCCGUGGCUCGGCGCAAAUUCCCACGCCCAAUAUCGAUGCGCUGGCCUAUUCGGGUCUCAUACUGAAUCGCUACUAUGUCAACCCCAUUUGCACGCCUUCACGCUCGGCGCUCAUGACUGCCAAAUAUCCCAUACACACAGGCAUGCAACACACUGUGCUCUAUGCGGCUGAGCCGCGUGGCCUGCCUUUGAAUUUGAAAAUAUUGCCGCAAUAUCUGAACGAUUUGGGCUACACCUCCCACAUAGCAGGCAAGUGGCAUUUGGGUCACUGGAAACGCGUCUAUACGCCGCUUUAUCGUGGCUUUAGCAGCCAUGUGGGCUACUGGUCGGGCCACCAGGACUACAAUGAUCACUCGGCCGUGGAGCACGGCCAGUGGGGCCUGGACAUGCGCAAUGGCACCGAGCUGGCCUACGAUCUGCAUGGCCAAUAUACCACAGACGUGAUCACGCAGCAUUCGCUCAACGUGAUAGCCAAGCAUAAUUCGACUAAGGGUCCGCUGUUUCUCUAUGUGGCCCAUGCGGCAGUGCAUUCCGGUAAUCCCUAUAAUCCAUUGCCUGCCAAGGAUGAUAUAGUACGCCGAUUGGGCACGAUUCAGGACUACAAGAGGCGCAAGUAUGCGGCAUUGGUCACCGCCAUGGACGACUCUGUGGGGCGCAUUGUGGAGCAGCUGCGCAAGUCGCACAUGCUCGACAACUCCAUAAUAAUCUUCUCCACUGACAAUGGCGGUCCGGCGGAGGGUUUCAACUCGAAUUUCGCCUCCAACUAUCCACUGAGGGGUGUGAAGAAUACGCUGUGGGAGGGCGGAGUGCGAGGUGCUGGUCUGGUGUGGUCCGCACAGCUGAGCAAACGUCCACGCGUCGCAGAUCAGACCAUGCACAUUGCGGAUUGGCUGCCCACGCUGCUGGAAGCGGCUGGCGGUGAGGCGGCACUUGCCCAGCUGAACAACGCUCAGCUGGAUGGGAUGAGUGUGUGGCAAGCGCUGCUCAAGAACGAGGUGUCGCCGCGCAAGAGCGUGUUGCAUAACAUAGACGACAUCUGGGGCAGCGCAGCGUUGAGCGUGGGCGACUGGAAGCUGGUGAAGGGCACCAACUACAAUGGCUCAUGGGAUGGCUGGUAUGGGCCGGCGGGCACGCGCAAUCUCCGCGACUACGACUGGUACCUGGUCGCCAAGAGUCCAGCAGGCCAAGCCCUGCAGCAGCUGAAGGUGUUGCCCAAAACUGCGGAUAUGAUGCGAGCCCGCGAAGCAGCCAAUGUCAUCUGCAAGGAUGCCAGGCUGAAGGAUGCGCCGAACAUCCCCUGCAACCCACUAAAGGCGCCCUGUCUCUUCAAUAUACGGGAAGAUCCCUGCGAGCAGCGUAACCAAGCGGAUGUCUAUCCUAAAGUGCUGGAACUCAUGCUGAAGGAGCUGCAGCUCAUAAACUCAACUGCAGUGCCUCCUGCAAAUAAACCCGAUGACCCGCUUGGCUAUCCACGCUUCUGGAACUACACGUGGACGAACUUUGGUGACUACGUGGACACAAACGAUUGUAUCUAGAUAAAAUUGAUUAAAAG